CAGAACGAUCGAUAUCUAUUAACCUAGAGUGUGUAUGGAUCAAUCGGGAUUAUGUUUUUUAUGAAAAUGGGGUGGUUAUCACUCAACAGUGGAUUAGUGGCAUCGGCAAAUUCGGUGGUGAUUGUGUGGCUGUUGGGUGGAAUUGUUAUAUUGAUAUUGAUACAUUGGCGAAAUCAAAUUAAAGAGUUUUUCGUAUUUCAAAAAAAAAUAAGAAAUUGUGGACUUCGUGCUGUGCCGGGGAUACCACUGCUGGGCAAUUCCCUGGAAUUUAGGGAUUCAGACAAAACUAUUUUUACAUUAGCCAAAAUGAGUCAGCAAAUGGAAUCUGGUACAUUUACUGUUUGGUUUGGACCGAUGAUGAAAGUGGUUGUAACCGAUCCACGAGAUUACGAGAUUAUAAUGAGUAGUCCAAAAGCAGCGGAAAAGGACAUCGUGUACAAGUUUAUGGAGCCUGUGGUAGUGAAUGGUCUGAUAAACGGAGGAGGACCUACGUAUCGUGCGCAUAAGAAGUUAGUAGUACCCCUCAUUAACGGGGGUAAUUCGAUUACUGAGCACAUCAAACAGUUCAACAUUCAGACCAAGCGAAUGAUUGCUAAAAUGGAGAACCUCCUGGGAGGCGGAGAGUUUAAUAUUCACGAUAUAAUCGUUCCAUGUGUUGCAGACAUUGUCUCUGAGACUAUAUUUGGAAUUCCUGGAAAUGCUCAGGACGGCGGUGAGAAUGUGCUGAUGGAAGUCUCUGAACCACUUCUUCACAUUUUAUACAAACGAAUGAUGAAUAUCUGGUUAUGGCCUUGGCCAAUUUUUGUCCGCACAAGUUUGGGACGAGAAUUCAAAGACAUGUCAUCAGCGAUUCAUAAGUUUCUGAACAGUGUUAUUACGAAGAAGCGGCAGGAAUUCCUUAAGAUGGAGCGUGAUGGAGUCCAGGUAGACUUGUCAACAAGACCCGUCUUUGAUCAGAUCAUGGCGCAUAUUAUGAAAACUAAUGCAUGGAGUGAUCAAGACUGUAGAUCCGAACUCUUCACUUUAUUCGUAGGCUCUCACGAUACAAUCGCCGGAGUGAGUUGCUUCGUCGCCCUGAUGCUCGCAAUGUUCCCGGAAGUUCAGAAAAAAGCUCGUGAUGAGAUCCGAGAAGUUGUGGGAAAUCGUGAUUUGACGGAGGAAGACACUAUUAAUUUGAAGUGGAUGGAUGCGGUAGUACGAGAGACUAUCAGACUAUUCCCAGUCGGACCGCUAUUGGCACGACAGAUGACCGGAGAUCUCAAGCUUGCUACUUGCACCCUCCCAAAAGGUGCCUCCGUGUUCCUUCUACCUUUCGCCACCCACAGAGAUCCAAAACACUGGAAGGAACCCAAUAAGUUUAUGCCCGAACGUUUCUUCGGUGAGAGUGCGAAAAACAGACACAUGUGGGCUUUCGUUCCAUUCAGUGGUGGAGUGAGAAGUUGUCCUGGUUCCAAAUACGGUACGAUCAGCAUAAAGAUCAUCAUAAGCCAUAUAAUCCGCAACUAUGAAUUAUCAACGACCAACAAAUAUGAUACAAUGGACAUGCAUGCGCACAUAUCCACGCGAUGCCCAGCGGGAUAUAACAUAUCCAUAACAAAAGUAAAAGAUUAAUUCACGGGUAAAGUAGUGGAGUAUUACAGUGAUCUCUCAAAAUUUAAUUAAACUUAUUAAAAUGUGUGGUUCAAUUUCAUCUCGAGCUACACCUUCUAGGGAUCUCGGGAUGAAUUCGCCCCCAAAAAAGCUUCUUAUGUGUGCGACAAGACCUACUUUUCGCACCCAUAGAUAGCACGUGCUGUUUUGGUGAUACGUGACGAGUUCAUUUUCCGGAACGGUAGUCCACUGAGAGAAAAAUAUAAUUUUCCAAAUUAAAUAUUCUUCUGACAAGAAUUGAAAGCAGAUUUUCCAGUGGAAAUUUCAGACAUUUGUUUGUGUAAAACAAAUAUGAUUGGUAAAAUUCUAUUUUUCUCUCAGUGUGGGAAUGUAAAGAAAAAAUAAAAACUUGUGUUUGUAAAUAAA